AUGUCGAGGAGGCUUACGAAAAGGUAUUUGACCCCGGCGGAUGCUUACAAAUGUCCACUGUCAGCAGAAACACAAGCGAUUGCCGAAAAGGAGCUGAGAGAAACGGAAAAUUCAAGGUCACAAGCCUUAGAGGCUUUAAGAAAGUGGUUGGAACAGAAUCCAAAAUUCUUGUCCAUACGAUUAGACGCCAAUUUCCUUCUGCGUUUCCUCCGUACAAAGAAAUUCAGCGUUCCAAUGGCUCAAGAGGCUAUUGAACGUUAUGUACUCCUUCGUCAGUCAUGGGGGAUAGCUUUUAAUCAAUUGGACUACACCCUGCCUGUCAUUUCUGAAAUCAUCGAUUUAGGAUAUAUUUUUGCAAGUCCAUUCAAAGACAAACUUGGACGAAGAGUUGUGAUAUACAGACCAGGCGUUUUCGAUCCAUACAAAUUCACCAAUCAAGACAUGUGUCGGGUAAUGGGUAUUUGCUACGAGACGCUCAUGGAAGACGAGGAGACCCAGGUGCGAGGAUUAGUGCAUUACGCAGACGGCGGCGGUGUUAGUUUCCCACACCUUACACUCUUCACUCCGAGAGAAGCUGUUAGGAUAGUAAAAAAUGGAGAGCGCACGAUUCCACUAAGGCACAAGGAAAUCUAUGGCGCUAAUGUUCAUCCGACUAUCAAAUUUGCUUUGGACUUUGGUAUGGCUCUCAUAUCUGAGAAGAUCAGAAAGCGCGUCAAGUUAUACACAUCCAUAGAAGACGUAGAAAUAGAUAAACAACUUUUGCCUCAGGAGUAUGGUGGUACGAUGCCAAUGAAGACAAUGAUUGAAAAAUGGAAAGUGGAAAUGGCAAGUAAGAGGGAAACGUUACUGAUGAACGACAAGAUGGCUGUUCGCCUAGAAAUGUAUAGCGAAGCAGCGCGAGAGGGCGCUGUGUCCGCAUUAAGAGCUGGUGGCACUUGUGCUGCUACAGAUUCUGUUGGAGACGCGAUGAGAGGUUUAACAGGAAACUUCAGGAAACUUGAAGUCGAUUAA